AUGAAAGUAACAAUUAGAUUAUCAACUGAAUCUUCAUUACAGAUAACUAUACCAGAUAAUUCAACAGUUGAAGAUUUAAGAAAUAGUAUUAAAGUAUCAUCAAAUUCUUCAUCAUUACCAAAAGAUUUUAAAUUAAUUUAUAAUGGUCAAAGACUACAACCUUAUAAUGCAACAUUACUGUCAUUUGGUAUUACUUCAGAAUUAAUUGAAAAAUCAUCAUCAUCAAAUUCUCCAAUAAAUAUUAUUUUAAUGUCACAAGGAUCAGAUACUCCACCAAUUUCACCACAAAUUUCAUCAUCCACAUCAUCAACUAAUAUAUCAUCAAUACCUACAAUUCCAACCACAACAAUAAAAAAGACAAAAAAGAAAAAUAAAUGUUCAUUUAAAAAUUGUAACUCAACUCCUUUAAGAAUGGUUGGUACUUGUUCUCAUUGUCAAGGUAAAUUUUGUGCAAAACAUAGAUUAUUAGAAGAUCAUAUUUGUAUUGGUUUACAAAAUUGUAAAGAUAAUGCUCAUGAAUCAAAUGCUAUGAGAUUACAACAAGAAAGUACUAUUGCUAGUAGAGUUUAA